UUUCAUAAAGGAGAAAAAUUCAAAGCAAAUCAAUACAGUCAGUCUAUACAUAGAGUGAGAGAGAGAGAGAAGGCAUUUCCAUUUUCAGAUUUUAUUUCUAUAAACUAUUGAUGUGUAUUUAUUCAUUUAUUUAUUAAAAUAUAACAUAUUUUUUUGGUUAUAGUUGUGUAAAAUCUCGACUCUCUCCUUCUCCUUCUCUCUGGAAAAUUUAGUUGAGUGGGGGGUAAAGGGUUUAUCUAUCAGAUAUAGUCGGAGACCAAGUCCUCAGUUCAGAUUUCUAGGGGUUUCUCGCAUUUUCCCUCGAUUUCUGGCACUUUCUAUAUACCCUUUACAUCAAUCGUCGUAAAUAAACAUAAUCGGGUUUGGCUCGAGCUUCUGAUUAGGGUUUUAGCUACUGGGUAAUAAGAUUCCACCUUCUGGCUCUUAUGGUUUGUCUUGUUUAUUGCAAUAAAAUAAAAUAAAAUAAAAUAAAUGACAGUGAUUUGAGCGGUCGUUAGAGGUUAGAUUAAGUUUUGGUUAUAUUGGUCUUAAACGUAAGUACUUAGGGUUUUGUGGAUAUGAUAAAAAAUUUACUUGGUAAGAUUCCUCGAAAACCCUCAAAAUCAUCGCUUGGUGAUUCGUAUGGUGAUGGAGGAGUCAAUGCCUAUUCAUCUAUAAACACGUCCAAUGGACCCAAUUCGAGUAACAGCUCGAAAUCCACCUCUGCUACCUCAAAAUCAUCGAAUUCGAGCUCAGCCAAUGCAAGGUCUAGCAAUGGAACACUCGGCAAUAAAUCGAAUCAAGCCAAGAAAACUUCUGGAAGUGCAACAACCCAAGCGGGUCCUUUGUUUGUUUCAGGGGUGUAUGAGGCUUUGCCGAGCUUUAGAGACGUUCCAAGUUCAGAGAAGCAGAAUUUGUUCAUUAAGAAAUUGAAUAUGUGCUGUGUUGUAUUUGAUUUCAGUGACCCAUCGAGCAGUCUUAAAGAGAAAGAUGUUAAGAGGCAAACUUUACUUGAGCUUGUGGAUUACAUUUCCUCUUAUAAUUCCAAGUUCAAUGAGGUGAUGAUGCAAGAGAUUACGAAGAUGGUGGCAGCCAAUUUGUUUCGUACGUUUCCAUCUUUCAAUCACGAGAAUAAGGGUCUUGAAAUGUAUGACUUGGAAGAGGAGGAGCCAAGUAUGGAACCUGCUUGGCCUCAUAUUCAAAUUGUGUAUGAAUUCCUAUUGAGAUUUGUUGCUUCAACUGAGACUGAUGCCAAGCUAGCCAAAAGAUAUAUUGACCACUCGUUUGUGCUAAGAUUGCUUGACUUGUUUGACUCAGAGGACCAAAGAGAGAGAGAUUACUUAAAGACUAUCCUUCAUCGAAUUUAUGGGAAGUUCAUGGUUCAUCGGCCAUACAUCAGGAAAGCUAUCAACAAUAUCUUCUAUCGUUUCAUUUUUGAGACUGAAAAGCACAAUGGGAUUGCAGAAUUGCUUGAGAUACUGGGAAGCAUCAUUAAUGGUUUUGCUUUACCUUUAAAGGAAGAGCACAAGCUGUUCCUUGUCCGUGCUUUGAUACCCCUCCACAAACCCAAGUGUGUGGCAAUGUACCAUCAGCAGCUUUCGUAUUGCAUAACUCAGUUUGUGGAGAAAGAUGUCAAGCUCGCGGAUACUGUGAUUCGAGGUCUUUUGAAGUAUUGGCCUGUUACUAAUAGUUCAAAAGAGGUUAUGUUCCUUACUGAAUUGGAAGAGAUUCUGGAAGCCACCCAACCAGCUGAAUUUCAACGCUGCAUGGUCCCUUUAUUUCGUCAAAUUGGUCGCUGCCUCAACAGCUUUCAUUUUCAGGUAGCUGAACGUACAUUAUUUUUGUGGAACAAUGAUCAUAUAAGGAAUUUGAUCAUCCAGAACCGCCAAGUACUUUUGCCUAUAAUUCUACCAGCUUUGGAGAGAAAUACAAGAAGUCAUUGGAAUCAAGCUGUUCAAAGUCUGACAUUGAAUGUGAGAAAGAUAUUCUCAGAUGCUGAUCAAGCUCUGUUUGAUGAAUGCUUGGAUAGAUUCCAAGAAGAUGAAGUAAAGGACAGAGAAACACAGGAGAAGCGAGAUUCAACAUGGAAGCGCAUGGAAGAUGUGGCUGCCUCCAAUGCCGUAAGCAAUGAGGCCGUUCUUGUGUCGAAAUUCGUUUCCUCAGUUGCCGUUGCUACCAGCCCAAAACCCCGGGCUGCCUCUGGUAGUUGAGAAGUAUGAGGAGUGGCAGUGUUGAAUUUGACUCUGAGUUAUCAUUGAAACUUGGUUGGACAUAGAAGCUGAUAUUUAAAGAUUCUUAUGUGGUGGUGUCAGUUCCCUUUUAGGUUUCGUAAACCCAGCUGAAAGGGAGAUACCCAAAUGUGAAGAUGUGGUUAUGUGGAUAUUGCAGUUCAUUGGUUUGGAGUUAUAGGUUAUGUUCCUCUUCAGCUAGGGAGGUAUUGUAUUAUAAGGGAUUUGCUUUAUAGAGAUAAUGUCCUGAGAAAUACUUAUUUCAUGUAUAAUGCUGGGAAAAAAUGCACCUUGCAACUUUGGUUCCAAUCAACGCAAGUGAUAUUUUCUCUAACAGCUAAUUGACUGUAGUUUUCUUUUUGAACUGUAAGACCGCAAACAAAGAGUAAUCAAAUCUUGAAAACUACGAUUGACUAAA